AAGCUUGCUGACAACACACCUGAGUAGCUGUAGAGAACUCACAAGUGUAGAUGCUUAUACUGUAUCCAACGUACUGACAGGAUAACAUGCAUGGAUUUGGCUAAAAGGGAAAGACAGAUAAUGAAGGAAAAAGACACGUGUAAUUCCAACUAUUAGGAAUGUGUUUUAACGAGGUACUUUUCUGGUCAUGGAUUACAAUUUUUAUAUUCUUAUGUCUGACUUCAUCAAUUCACACAGAGACAAACAGAAUACCAGCACCACAGAAUGUGUCUAUGAAUUCCACCAACAUGAACCAUUUCUUGCUUUGGAGUCCAGUGAUUGUUCUCAAUAUGGAAGUCAAAUACACUGUGGAAUUUCAAGGGGAGUUUGAGAGGUCAACUACACCACACAUCUGGGUUACUAUGUGUGAGUCUAUCAACGUAACCUCAUGUAACAUGAUGGACUUUGCAGCUAAUAUAGAUUACAAUAUAAGGGUCAGAGCUGAGCUUCACAACAGCACUUCAGAGUGGACGUUUAUUAAACAAUUAUUCAAUCUGCAAAACACCCACCUUACUGAUCCGAGUGUAACAGUAACACCAGAUGGAAAUGCUUUAAUAGCUACAUUUGAUCCUCUUCAGAUACCAUUUCCAAAUGAAAGCAUUGUGAAAUAUAUGUUGUAUUACUGGAAAAGUAAUGGCAACAGCUCGGUGCACAGCAAGACAUUAACAAGUAUUCAGUAUUCAGAAAGAGUGCAGGAUGAUGAAGAAGGAGUGGAAUAUUGUUUCAGAGGUCAAACCUAUGUGGAAAUCAUCAAUUGUGCAAGUAAUUAUAGUACGGUUGUCUGUGCCAUAAUGCCCAAAACCUCCUUUUUCUGGAUUGUUGGCAGUGUCAUUAUGGUAAUUUGCCUCUUCACAGCGUUUUUUGCACUGUUUUCCUUCUCUUCGCUUAUUAGAAGAAUAUGCCUGCUAAUUAAACACUCCUGCUGCCCUCAGAUUGAAAUACCAGACGCACUGAUAAUCGACUUUUUGCCUACAGAACGACAGCUGCAGAAUGGUCAAAGGAACGAUGUCUGUGAAACUGUAUAUAUCCUUACGCCGAAUGUAUUUUAAAAUCUGCACACGAGCUGAAGAAAGAUAUCAUCACUUAAACAUACUGCAUGAUUUAAGAACAAUUUUUCAGUAAAUAAGUCAGCAUACAACAAAAAGAUGAUGUACAGUUUCUCUAAAUAUAGUUUACAUAAUAGAGAAUUACCAACAAUACAUUGAUAACAUAGAAAAUGAAGUAAAAUAUCACUUUAUUCAUUUGUUACCUGAGUAUGUUGUUUCUUAUGAAUAACAAUUUAUUUCUGAUCUUAUUUUUCUGAAGAGUAUUUUAAAGUUGCUUACUGAAUUCAUCUUUAAUUCUGUUCAAGUAAUUUACAAACAUAAUACCUACAAAUAGCAGCUUUCUCAGUGUUGCUAGACAUUAAACUGUGAUUCAGCAAAACUGUUCAUCUAUAUAUGCAAAGCAUCCUGCAUCAUUUGAUCCAUGGUAACAUACCCCAAGUAUUAUUUGCAAACAUGUAUAACAACAGUAACCUGAAACAAAAGAGUUUCACUUUCUUAAUGCUUUAAGCAGGAAUGCUUUAAUUUGUUACCAUGGUGAUAUGUUAACCAUUCUUUCUGCAUAAAGAUGAAGUCAAGACCUAUAUUUGUGAUCUGCCACAAAGAAGCAGAUGUUGUCAGCCUAUUCAUAAAACAUGCAUUUAGCAUUUUGCAAUACAUUACACUAGACUGCAUAAAUGCAUUGCAUUACCAACCGAGACUACUUUAAAGGAUUUCAACUCAGUGUGGCUUAAAUCAAUGAUAAUAGAGAAAGAAGUAAGUGAAC